AUGUUAGGGAAAAACUUCAUGGGCCUUAGAGGCCGCACCUUGAAUCUUGCUAUCAGUUCACUCGGCAGCCUUGAUUUCUUGAGGCCUGUUAGAUCGCCAUCAUUUAACAAAUACUUCCCCUCCAUCGAUCCUUUAGACCCUCGUAUCAUAAAUGACCCCGUUGCCCAAUCCCAGCGCAGUUCGAACCAAGGCAUCACAGUGGCCGCCUACAACUUAGGAUGUUUCCUGGGAGCUAUCCUCACCAUCUUCAUUGGAAAUCCGCUAGGUAGACGGAGAACAAUCUUCACAGGUUGCAUCAUAAUGUCUAUCGGGGCCUUGUUGCAAUGCACAUCAUAUCAUCUGCCACAUUUAAUUGUUGGUCGAAUUGUCACCGGUAUUGGCAACGGGAUUAACACUAGUACCGUGCCAACAUGGCAAUCAGAAACUGCCAAAUCUCAUGAUCGUGGAGGUAUUACUUUUAGUUACUGGGUUAACUAUGGUUUUGCAUGGAUUGGAGAAAAUGAAGUGGCAUGGCGGUUUCCCUUGGCCUUUCAGAUUACUUUUGCGAUGAUCAUUUUCUGCUCCAUUCUCAACUUGCCUGAAUCUCCACGAUGGCUUGUCAUGCAGAACCGAAAGGAUGACGCUCUUGACAUUCUUGAGGCUCUCAACGACAUGCCCCGUGAAAACCCUGCUAUCAAAGCUGAGCUAGAGGCCAUCGAAGCCACCGUCCAGGAAAUGUCCAAGGGCUCAUAUAGAAGUCUCUUCCAAAUGAGUGAAUACCGUGAAUUCCAUCGUGUUGUCCUCGCAUACGUGGUCCAGAUGUAUCAGCAGAUAUCCGGCAUCAACCUUAUCACAUACUAUGCUCCUCAAUUGUACAGUCAAAUCGGCCUUGCCGGUAGCAAUCUUCCAAAAUUGCUAGCUGCUUGUAACGGAACUGAAUAUUUCAUGGCCUCCUUUAUCCCCAUCUACAUCAUCGAGAAAGUUGGACGUCGGCCCCUCAUGCUUUUCGGGGCGGCUGGUAUGUCCAUCUCCAUGGCAGUUCUCGCAGGUGCCAACUAUCGUUUGACGUACCUGGGCGACAGCAAAGCUGGCAUCGCACAGGCAGUCUUCCUUUUUGUAUUCAACACAUUCUUUGCUAUCGGCUGGCUUGGAAUGACGUGGCUGUACCCGGCAGAGAUUGUGCCGCUCCGAAUCCGUGCUCCAACCAAUGCACUGUCAACUAGUGCCAACUGGGUCUUUAACUUCAUGGUCGUGAUGAUCACACCCGUGGCAUUCGACAGCAUCGGGUACAAGACCUACAUUAUCUUCGCUGUAAUAAACGCAUUUAUAUUUCCGACAGUAUACUUCUUCUUCCCCGAGACUCGAUAUCGCUCACUCGAAGAGAUGGACAGCAUCUUCAAGAAGUCCACAAACGUUUUUAAUGCUGUCACCAACUCGAUCAAGGAGCCUUAUCGUUACGACAAGCACGGUCAGCUUAAACCGGAGUACCUUGAAGAUGCCAUCCGCCGCAAGAGCACUAUCGACCACACGAUCCCUGCAGCGGAAUAUGACAGCGACACUACUCCUGAGUCCAAAGAUUAA